UGGCAUUUCUUGGAGCAGCUAGCAGACAGCCCGUCCGUUUUAUUAAUCGAUCAUUCCGGGAGUCGCUGUGCGUGAAUCGCGUUCGAGUUGGCUCGCGGCCUUGAGAGCUCCGAGAUAGAUAGAUAAUAAGACGCGCUUAAAUACGUUAUCCGGGAAAAAUGUAGCUAUCAGGCGAGUUCGCGCGUGAACAUCUCCCACAAAACGGGACUGACAAGCCAUGUCCUUGCGAGACGAGAUGUGAUCGGAUACGACACGCACUUUGCAUACACGUACGUCAGACGCGACGCUACCGAUCGAAUAAUUAAUUUAAAAAAAAAGAAAGGAAACCACCGAGGGAAAGGAUCGCCGCGCACCGGGACACAGCGAAGCUAUGACGAGAUAACAGAUACAGAAUGAGGUACAGCAGCAGCAGCAGCAGCGGUAACCUAUUCGGUUACGCGGUCCUCACGUUCACCCUCACUCGUCUCAAGGUACUCGCAGAAAGUGGAAUUGGAUGUAAAGAUCAAAAUGGACGCACUUAUAAUAAUGGUAUCUAUUAUACUCCUGGACCUGAACCGUGUACUUUUUGUAUUUGUGACAAUGGCAAUCCAAAGUGGUGCAAAGCAUUUAUUUGCAAAUUUCUCGAGGAGAAUUGCAAGUCUUUCCGUAGAGGAGAUACCUGUUGCGAAUUUAUUUGCUUGGAUGACACACUGUCAGCGAUACUUAAUGACAAAGAUGGAACUAAUGGAAUAGAUGGAAAUGCCAAUUAUGAUAUAGGCUUACGAUCAGUUGCCAGUUUUGUGACAGCAAUAUUUUCACUGAGUUUGUUAUUCUUUUUGAUUCAUCGUUUGCGUCAGCGUAAAAUACAAGUUUGUGUAGCGGGUCGAGAAAACAGACAACUUGGAGAUGAUCAGAGAAGCUUAGGCAGUAUGGGAUAUUUGGACCGAGGAUUGCCUCAUGGGGUUCCCAUGGACGACAUAUCUUGCGGGACAGGUUACUCAUUGUGGAAACCACCUGGCAGCAAUUACUUCCCGCGCGGCGAGGCGCCUCCGCCCUACGAGGAAGUAAUCGCUGCGACGAGGGCGGAACAACUGCUAUCAAUGAAUCCGCAUACUCUACUAUCAAUAAACUUCUCCGAUAAUUACAUGCCAAAUAUGAACAAUCACACGAGCAUGUCGGUCGUCGCGGACGCACAAAAUGAAUUAACUGUAAAUGAGUUAACGCAAGCUUCAUCUAACGAUAAUCAUAUAAAUACACCCCUGAUGUCUUCGUCGAGUAGACCACUUCCUAGUCCUAGUGCAUAUGCGUCUGGCAAUUAUCGACCGAUGAGUCAGAAUAUCAAUGCAACGUCUACCGUUGGUCUGAACACCAGCACAUCUACCACGAAUUUUACAAUGGGAACAAACACAUAUGAGAAUCUACCCAUCUCAUCGAUCGGUACGAUUAAUUUCAACGUUGACAGUCAACACUCUGGAAUCAAUAGCGCCAAUACGCAACAGCCACUAUUGCCGAUCUCGCAUUCCACUAUACCUAAGAAUUACCGUCAGCACACGACGAUCUUUCCGCGUCAGAACGACGCCGGUGCGUUCACGAUAUCGGCGACUUUGUCGAAUUCGGACGUGCCCUCCCAUCGCACGAUCUCGCGAACGUUGACAUCUCGCAUCACCGACAGAGCGAAAGAUAUUCUGACCGAUUGCUCGGCGAAGGACUAUCUCCGUUUAUCACCAAGCAACAUCGCGACACCGCAUAAAAGCUUGUCGCAUUCUAUGAAGCUGUCCGAGGUUGCAGCUUGCUCAAACAAUUGCAAAACUACUACCAAAGAUGUGGAUACGUUUUAUACGGAUGAUACUCCAACAACAUCAGCGUCCGGUUUAGUAGCGCAAUCCGAAACGUCUAAAACAGAGACGGCAGAGGUACCCGAGAAAACUCGCGAAUACACACCUUCAUUAAGUGUAGCUAACGAGAUCAAUCAGAGCGGCAGCUUCGAAUCAAUGACGUAUACAUGCAGCAUGCAAGCGUUGCCGACUCUGCACGAUGACACUGACGAUUAUAGAAGCGAAUGCGAGAACUGCAAAAGUGCGACGGGUUCUCGUUAUUAUCUGGAUAACGAGGACGAACUAGUCACCUCUCUUCAUGAAACCAUGACGUUACACAGAAGACCGGACGAAACAACAAGUGCCACACCACAGUAUUAUAGAACUUCACUUACACUGCCGACGAGUACACGCCAACGUACAAGGAUCACCGGGGCUCGUGAAAAUUGGUUCAACACUAUGCCAGAAAGUUCUAGCGGGUCUUCUGAUGAAAACUAAGAAAAUAGUGGAAAAUGUUUAAAUGCGCAAAAAUAAGAUUAUUAUACACACAUACACACAAAAUACAGUAUCUGUAUCCAAUUAUUAAAAUUAUCUAUACAGAGUGUCCCAGAAUUUUCGCGCUUCUGUUCUCGGAUAAGAUCGUUGGUUGAAUGUCAAUGCAAUAAUAAUUUUUGCAUCGUGUUAAGACAAAAAUAUACAGACUUCCUAUAUAAUGUUUAUCGCGAUAUAAAGAGAGCUCUCUUAAAAAAGCUUCACAAAUCUUUCCAUUUCUUCGAUACAAUGGCAGUUUAAGUCUUCCAAAAUUCCCUAGCUUCCUUAUACUCUCAAUGUAAUAUUUGAGAGGAACUGCCAGUUUUUGGGACAUCCUCUAUAGUGUGUGAUCGCCACAAUUAUCAUUAUUCUACAUUAUAAUCUUCACCACCAUUAUUAUCAUUGUUGUCAUUGUCAUGAAACGGUGGAAGUUUGUGAGAUUUUAUAUAAUGAAACCUCUUGUUGUUAGUCCAAAGUGAAUCGAGCAAAAUCCAAGAGGAAAAAUUCACAGUAAAAUUUUGCAAACUUUCGCAUUCUGUAUCAGUAUUAUUACAUCACUAUUCUUAUUAUCGUUGCUGCAUUAUUCCGUGUUAUUUUUUUAAAUUUUAUUUUAUUCUCAGAACGAGCACAAUUUAGUUACAUUGAACAUAAUUAUAUAAAUUUUAACAAUAGAUCUUUACUGUAAAAAGUAGAAUAAAUUCAUAUCUGUAUAUGUACAUGAUAUUAAGAGAGAAUCACACAAAAAAAAUGUUUAACAAGUCAUGAAAUUCAUUCUUUCAUGGAAUAUCUACAAAAGCGAAAUUUAUACAUACAUAUAUAUAUGUAUGUAUGUAUAUAUAUGUGUAUGUUAAUAGAUUUGUUAAUAUAGGUAUAUAAGUUGCGCGCGCGGCACCGAUGAGAUAUUAUUGAAGCGGUCGUGUGAUGAAUUUUUGUGAGUAUUAAAUAGUCCGACGCUCCCGGAGAUAAUUUAUUAAUAUUAUCACCGACCGCUUUCGAGAUGAUACAAAUAUCCAAAAAUGCGCAUUGUUAACUUUAUAAUUUACAAUUGUGCCCAUAUUUUUUAGAUAUACAUUGAAAAACC